CAAAAAAUCAGUGUCAUUGGAAUCAUUGAAAUAGAAUGAACAACUACACGCGAUGGUAGCGUUUAAUAAUUUAUUGCAGUAGAAUGAAUAACUACACGCGAUUCGAAGAUGAAAUUGGCCAUCUGAGAGCACUCUGUAUGGAGGAUUUAUUGAAGGAGGCACUUCACAUUCUUCUCGCUGCAUACAACCUUCCUGCACACUCAUCUACGUAUUUUCAUCCAUUGCAGACCUGCACUGCAAAAUAUGCGCUUUCAGAGGGUAAAGUUAAUCCACACGCUCAUCGACAGGGAAUUGGCAUUUGCUACAGGCACAUUUUUUCAAAAUAAGCUUAUCAUGAUGCAUGUUGAAUGUGGAAGUUUAGUGAAUGGUCGGAAAGUUUUCGACUGCAUGACAGAAAGGAACGUCUUCUCAUGGAGUGUGCUGAUUACAGCCUACAAAAGACAUGGGCUUCCUAAAGAGGCGUUGACACUGUUUAAGCAAUUGCAAAAAAGUAAUGUCCAACUCAAUCGGUUCAUCUUUGCCAGCAUACUUCCAGCUUGCGCCAAAUUGGGAGCCUUGGAACAGGGGAUGGACAUUCACAAAAGCAUAAUUAGAAAUGGAUUUUCGUCUGAUGUUGUAGUUGGGAAUGCUCUGAUAGACAUGUAUGCAAAAUGUGGAAGUUUUCACAAGGCACGCAAAUUGUUUGACAAAAUGCCUGAACGAGAUGUGGUAUCUUGGAAUAUGAUGAUAGUAGGAUGUGUACAAAAUGGUGCUUUAGAUGAGGCUUUGAGGCUUUUCGAAGUAAUGCCUCGGCCAGAUGUGUUUUCUUGGAAUGCGAUUCUUGCUGGAUGUGUACAAAAUGGGUUUGCUGGAAAAGCCAUGAAGGAUUUUAAUCAAAUGCAAUUGGCAGGUGUAAAGCCUGACGCAUCAACCUUUACCACCAUCCUCCCUGCUUGUGCUAAGAUGAGAGCUUUGGAACAGGGUAUGGAGAUCCAUCACAGGCUAACUAGAAGUGGGUUUUUGUCCAAUGUUUUAGUUGGGAAUGCCCUGAUAGACAUGUAUGCAAAAUGUGGAAGCAUACAGAAGGCACGUGGAUUGUUUGACAAAAUGCCUGAAAGAGAUGUGGUUUCGUGGAAUGUGAUGAUUGCAGGAUAUGCCCAAAAUGGUUUUCUUGAUGAGGCUUCAAGGCUUUUCAAAGAAAUGCCUCAACCAAAUGUGGUCUCGUGGAAUGCGAUCCUUGCUGGAUAUGCACAAAAUGGCCUUGUUGAAAAAGCCUUGGAGAUUUUUAAGCAAAUGCAACAAAAGGGUGUCCAACCUGAUCAGGGCACCUUUGCCAGCAUCAUUCCAGCUUGUGCCAAAAUGGGAGCUUUAGAACAGGGUAUGGAAAUUCAUGAGAGCAUAAGGAAAAACUGUUUGUUGUCCAAUGUUGUAGUUGGGAAUGCAAUGAUAGACAUGUAUGCCAAAUGUGGAAGCAUACAAAAGGCACGCAAGUUUUUUGACACAAUGCCUCAAAGGGAUGUGGUCUCAUGGACUGCGAUGAUUACAGGAUAUGCAAUGCAUGGCUAUGCUAAAGAUGCCCUCAGACUCUUUGAACUAAUGAAGAACUCUGGAACUUACCCUGACUAUGUAAGCUUCAUUUGUGUUUUAUUUGCAUGCAGCCACGUAGCUUUAGUGGAUGAGGGUUGUAAAUUAUUCAAUAGCAUGAGUGAGUCUUAUGGCAUUAUGCCUACAAUAGAUCAUUAUGUAUGCAUGGUUGACCUUCUUGGACGUGCUGGCUAUGCUGAGGAAGCCCUAAACUUCGUCAUCAAAAUGCCAAUCAAACCUAACGUCAUUGUGUGGAUGUGUUUGCUUGGCUGUUGUAGAUCAGUUAAGUUGAUAGGGCUAGGAGAAUUUGUGGCAACUCUCCUUUUUGAGUUGGAUCCCAUAAAUGCUGCACCUUAUCUUUUUCUCUCAGAUAUUUAUGCAGAAGAGGGAAGGUGGGAUGGCGUUCAAAGGGUCAGGAAAUUGAUAAAAGAUAGGGGAAUUAAAAAGAUACCUGGAUGUAGCUGGAUUGAAGUCGAUAAAACGGUACAUACUUUUUGCGUAAUAGCUAGAUUCACACCCGCAAAAACAGGAGGUCUAUGCAAAGUUGGAAAUUUUUUCUUGGGAGAUGAUUGCAGCGGGUAUACUUUAAAUUCAACACGUAGUGUAAUGUGGAGUUGAAAGAAUAAUCCCUUUAUCACUACAGUCAGAAGUAGCAAAUUGCAUUCAGAUUGUCAAACAUUGUCCCCUGGAACAACAAUUAGAGUUGUCAACAGCUUUCGAGAAUGUGUUGCUUACCACAAGGCAACCUAUUUAUUUCUAAAAUUAUUGCAAGAAAUUUUGCUGCGAGAGAUGCAAGCAGCUAUCGUUAUUGGUGAUGUUCCUGUGGAGAUUGUUGGUGAUUCUAAGUGAAGCAAUCCCAGGCUUGCACGAUAAGAAGGGGAUCUCAUUCUUCCAGUGGAAGACUGUCUCUGAGUGAAAAUCUGGAGGGACAAAAGAAGAGGAAUGCUUCAAGUAAAUGCAAAACUGCCCAGAGAGAGAGGGGCUUACAAUCAAUUCAAUGCUUCGAUACGAGGUCUGCUAUUUGGGACUCAAUUAUACAAGUAUAGUAUAUAAUUUUUCAUUUGUAUUGUAUCGUUUAUUACUUCGUAUGGUCUUUUUGCCUUGAUCAAUUGAAAUUCUCUUUUCUCGUGCCUAUAUCAAGGUUACCCAUUUGUGAUUAAGUUAUAUGUACUAAAUUUUACAUUGUAUCUUUGCCAUUUAUGGUUAGAGAUUUCUUUUUUGGAAAAGUAAUUUAUUAGUAGGAUUCAAUUAUAUUAUUAAGUAGGCGGUGUCUUUUGUAGUGUGUUAAAUUGAGAUGUUUCAUUAAGAUUCAAUUGAAUAAUUUUUGAAUCAAUCUAAUUGAUUCAUAUUAAUUCACAUGAAUCUAUCUCUCAUAAGCAUGAAUGAUGUAUUUAACAUUAAUUAUAUCUAGAUGUGAAUAGAUGCAAUAAGCACCAAGUGGAUCAUUCUUGCUCAUGAGAAAAGUAUUCAUGUGAAUCAUACUCAAGAAAUAUGGAUCAAUGAGAUUUACUCAAAAAAUUCACAUCUAAAUACAAUGAAUAUUGAAUGGAUUAUUCUCAAGAAUAUCCAGGGACACAUUUCCGGGUGAAACAAACCUGUUGCAGGGACAAGGGGACACCGGGAAAUGUUUCCUUGGUGUUUCCAAUUUGUAGAAAUGGCGGAAGCGUAUAUGAAAGUGAGGAUGGCACCAAAAACGUAGGGGGACGGCUGGGGAUAUACCAAAUAUCCCUCAACUACCCCGGGGACAGUUGGUAGUCCCUCGACUUUUCAAUGUGAUUUCUGAAUUUAUGAAUAUUAAUAUUUUGUUUUUGAACUAAAAUACAAUAUUAUAGAUGCUACAUUAUUGGAUUUACAAAUUUCAAUUUCCCAUCGAAGGGAUGUCGCACUUGAUAUCCUUCUCUAUACCCAAUUUUCGUACUUUAAUUAUAAAAAUGUGGUAUUCAUUGUACUACAUACAUUAGGUAACAAGUCACAUACAUCGAGUUUAUUAAAGUUUAUAUAGUAGAGUCCUAUCUUCAUAUAGCUUUGAACUGAAUCACCUAGCCGUAUACUUCACACCAUUAGGUAACAUCAAAUCCAGAAAACAUUAAUAGUUGCAACUAGGGCUUUCUUGGACAGGGUGGGUUGGCAUCAUUUACCAAGUAAAUUUAUGUUUCAUUUAUCUGAUCUUUUGAUGUGCUGUUAUGUGACAUUUGUUUUCUGUA